AGUUAUCCCAAGAUGGGUCGGCUGCAGCAAGUCUACCAUUUCCUGAAGAGGAACCGACGCGCCAUCGGCCUGAUAGCGGGGGCGUCCGCGGCGGGUUUUGCGGCGUGGCGGAUCAAGAGAGUCCUCGAUGAUUACAAGCGCAUAAUCAGGGAGCAUGACCUGGCACGCUUGGACCAGCACCGUCUACAGAUGCACAUGUUACGCUCCCGAGGUGAAUGUGUCCCUGCUCUCCUGAAUUUCAUGCAAACACUGCGUAAGCGCGUCUAUGAAAUCGUAGACGUGACGUCGCCGGUGAAGGCGCUCAAGGCGGGGCGGGGGGGUUUGAGCAAGCAGGAGGAGCAGGCUCUCUGGCACCAGGUGAAAGUGUCGGGGUUCUCACGGUUCUUCUUGGCCUACUACGGCUUCAAUCUGCUGAAUGUGAUGCUCCGGGUCCAGGUGCACAUCUUAGGACGGUACGCUUUCGAGGCCUCGCGGCAGGAAAUGCUGCAGGCGGCGCAGAGGGACCAGGAGGAGGGGCAAGGACCACGCGGCGAAUUCUGCAGCUUGGGCGAUGCUGGCUAUGCAGCGACAGGAUCAUCUUCGUUCGGCUCGGACGACAGGGCUUGCGGCGCCUGA